GGGGACCACAAGAUGCUUACCCACCUCCAGUUCAACAAUCAGCAGUAUCGGGGGCUGGCAGUCCACAACAGGCUCUUGGCCCCACAGUACCGUUGGGUGUUGAGGCAGAUACUGUUCCACCACGGGACCAAAGUUUGCCAUCACCUGCUCCCUCUCCGUACCCUGCAACACAAGCAGAACCAAGGGAGGAUGACAUUCCAUCUGAUCAACCCACAAUGGAUAUGGAGCCAAGACCAGCAUCUCAAUGUUUUUCUACGGAACUUCAGCAGCAGCAGCAACAACAGGCGUACCAACAAUAUGCAAGAGCUCCACCCCCGGCAGCUCCGCCUCCUGUACCACCUCACAUGUUGGGUGCAGGCAGUUUUUCAGCGUUACAGUAUCUGAAGCAGCCAGGAGUGAUGCUAACUAGUUUGGGGGCUGACACUAAUGGUCAACUUGAUCAAUAUGCAUCCAAUAUGCAAGACUUGCGAGUCGGAUCAUUACCCGAUGUAAUUCAACACCAACAUGCAGGGUUAAAAAAAGUUUCUAAUGGAUUAAAUGGAGAGUUACGGUUGUUUAAAUGUUUAACGUGCGGGAAGGACUUUAAACAGAAGUCAACAUUACUACAACAUGAGAGGAUUCACACAGAUAGUAGACCUUAUGGCUGUCCAGAAUGCGGAAAACGGUUUCGACAACAGAGUCAUCUUACACAACACCUGAGGAUUCACGCCAAUGAAAAACCGUAUGCCUGCGUAUACUGCGAAAGGACGUUCCGACAGAGAGCUAUACUCAACCAGCAUCUACGUAUCCAUUCCGGUGAGAAGCCCUAUGAGUGCCCGGAGUGCGGGAAACACUUCCGGCAGAAGGCUAUCCUCAACCAGCACGUCCGCACACACCAAGAUGUGAGCCCUCAUUUGGUUUUCAAAAAUGGUGUUAAUCCAACACUGUGGCCUCAGGACGUCCCCUUUCCACCUGAUGAAGGAAAGGAAGAAGUGCAAUCUACGUACGGCGAUGGAGACAAUUCCGACCGUGCAUCCUGCUUUUCCCCCAAUGGACUCGCUGGCAAUCUUCAAUAUCCCGCCUAUUUUAAAGAUGCAAAGGGAAUGAACCAUGCCGUAUUCGGAGGAACCACAAAUUUCGGAGCAUUGCAAUAUCUCAAACAACAACAACCAGGUAAAGGUUUGCCAGAUGUGAUCCAACAUGGAAGAUCAGCAGGUAUGCCGUUGUAUGUACGUUGCCCGAUUUGUCAAAAAGAAUUUAAACAGAAGUCGACUCUUUUGCAACAUGGGUGUAUACAUAUCGAAUCUCGUCCUUAUCCUUGUCCGGAAUGUGGAAAGAGAUUUCGUCAACAAUCGCAUUUGACUCAGCACUUGAGAAUACACACUAACGAAAAACCCUACGGCUGUGUCUACUGUGGGAGGAAUUUCAGGCAAAGAACCAUACUGAACCAGCAUUUAAGAAUUCACACAGGCGAAAAGCCUUACAAAUGCUCCCAAUGUGGAAAGGAUUUUAGACAGAAAGCUAUUUUAGAUCAACACACUCGAACACAUCAAGGCGAUAGGCCGUUCUGUUGUCCUAUGCCUAAUUGUCGUAGACGGUUCGCAACUGAACCUGAGGUCAAAAAGCACAUCGACAACCAUAUGAACCCACACGCGGCAAAGACACGGCGAGAUUCAACAAGCUCAGACGGAAAGUUGCCAGGCAACAGUAUGUUACCUAGAGGUCUGACCCCAACCACUGUCGUUAAACCAGAGCUCUACUUCCCCCAAUGCUACGCACCUAGUUUUAAUCCGCCGAGUAGCGUGUCACAAUUCCAGACGCCCAAUCCGGAAUUCAAGCCACCCAAUCCGCUUCCGACCCAGUGA